GGGUGCAGAGCUCUUAUUCACAAAUACAGAGCUAGGAUGAACCGAGCCCUUUAUUCAUCUCUUAUCCUUCUCUUAGUUUUAGUAAUUAAACAAACAGCUGGUAACACUCAACAGGUUCCGGUUGAAAGUGAAGAGGAUCUUGAGAGUGUUGUGAACGGGUUUGGUGCCGCAAAACAUUUUAUGCCUCUACCCCACACCGUGGUUGGAGCACACUGCACUUGGCAACUCAGAUUGAACACAGUUCCCAAAAGAAUACCAGAAACGAUAACUGAAGUUCUGUGCCAUGAAGCUGGAGAAACCUGUGGCGGAUCCCAGUACUACUCCUGUAAACAAAUGAAGGCUAAGAUGUUGGUAGCCCAUGCUGAAGCUGUACAAUACGAAGACCAGGUGGACUGGAGACUAAGAGCUGUGAGGAACAUUACAAUCAACAUUGGCUGCAGCUGUGUGUACAGAGAACCAGUUCUGUUGCAUCAGUUUCUACCUGGCCCUCCAGAGAAGCGGUCAUCAAACAUCUUAAGAAAUUACGCUAAGGACAACAAUAAGAACUAGGAUCAACAACGGGAAAUUAGAACUGUUAAAAUAUUUUUAUAUAAUUUUUGAUCUGUUACGAUUGUGUUGUAGGUUUUUGAAUAAGUUUGCGGCCAAUAACUACGGUCCAGCUGGUUCAAUUUUACUUAAUAAUUAUAAGAUCAAAAAUACAAUAUUUGCUCAUCAAUCAUCAAUCAUCACUGUCCACCGGAGUUUCCAGUUUUUCCGUAAAAUUGUUUAUUAAAGAAUUUUUAAAAGCUGCCAAUCUUGAAGCUGUACAACCCUUGAUUAAAUAUUUACAUUUGUAAACUUCAUAAAAAUUAUGUCUUUCUUCUUCUAAAAGGUUCUUAAUAAUUUAUGUUUAAAGAUAUCAUUGCAGCUAAAAAAAUAUUGUAAAAACAAUUUUUACUGGAAUUAAAAGAAAUGACUGGAAACUCUAAAGUCUAAAGUCAAUCUUGUCAAAUUGUGA